GGGGGCAGGACCACACUUGACGAACAGGCCCACAGCCCACUGCGAGAGGACUGAGGCGGGCCGCCACGCCCACUCCCCGCCCACCAGCUCACGGAUAAGGCCGCGCGCGGGGCUGUGGGGCGCAGGCUGCUAGAGAAGGCGCACCUGCUGCAGGUGCUCCCGGCGGCCCCGGACCAGCGAGCGCGGGCACUGCGGCGGGGAGGAUGCUGAGCGAGCGGACCGUGCGGCUGCAGUACGGGAGCCGCGUGGAGGCGGUGUACGUGCUGGGCACCUACCUCUGGACCGACGUCUACAGCGCAGCCCCAGCCGGAGCCCAAACCUUCAGCCUGAAGCACUCGGAGCGCGUGCAGGUGGAGGUGGUGCGCGAUGGGGAAGCAGAGGAGGUGGCCACCAAUGGCAAGCAGCGCUGGCUUCUCUCGCCCAGCACGACCCUGCGGGUCACCAUGAACCAGGCGAGCACAGAGGCCAGCAGUGACAAGGUCACCGUCAACUACUAUGAUGAGGAAGGGAGCAUUCCCAUCGACCAGGCGGGGCUCUUCCUCACGGCCAUUGAGAUCUCCUUGGAUGUGGACGCAGACCGGGAUGGCGUGGUGGAGAAGAACAACCCAAUGAAGGCGUCCUGGACCUGGGGCCCCGAGGGUCAGGGAGCCAUCCUGCUGGUGAACUGUGACCGAGAGACACCCUGGUUGCCCAAAGAGGACUGCCGUGAUGAGAAGGUCUACAGCAAGGAAGAUCUCAAGGACAUGUCCCAGAUGAUCCUGCGGACCAAAGGCCCUGACCGCCUCCCCGCCGGAUACGAGAUGGUUCUGUACAUUUCCAUGUCGGACUCAGACAAAGUGGGCGUGUUCUACGUGGAGAACCCAUUCUUCGGCCAACGCUAUAUCCACAUCCUGGGCCGGCGGAAGCUCUACCAUGUGGUAAAGUACACGGGUGGCUCCGCGGAGCUGCUGUUCUUCGUGGAAGGCCUCUGCUUCCCUGACGAGGGCUUCUCAGGCCUGGUCUCCAUCCAUGUCAGCCUGCUGGAGUACAUGGCCCAGGACAUUCCCCUGACGCCCAUCUUCACAGACACCGUGAUAUUCCGGAUUGCUCCAUGGAUCAUGACACCCAACAUCCUGCCUCCCGUGUCGGUGUUUGUGUGCUGCAUGAAGGAUAAUUACCUCUUCCUGAAAGAGGUGAAGAACCUUGUGGAGAAAACCAACUGUGAGCUGAAGGUCUGCUUCCAGUACAUAAACCGAGGAGAUCGCUGGAUCCAGGAUGAAAUUGAAUUUGGCUACAUUGAGGCCCCCCACAAAGGCUUCCCUGUGGUGCUGGACUCCCCCCGAGAUGGAAACCUAAAGGAUUUCCCUGUGAAGCAGCUCCUGGGCCCAGAUUUUGGCUACGUGACCCGGGAGCCCCUCUUUGAGACUGUCACCAGCCUUGACUCAUUUGGAAACCUGGAGGUCAGUCCCCCAGUGACCGUGAACGGCAAGACAUACCCCCUCGGCCGCAUCCUCAUCGGGAGCAGCUUUCCUCUGUCUGGUGGUCGGAGGAUGACCAAGGUAGUGCGUGACUUCCUGAAGGCCCAGCAGGUGCAGGCACCCGUGGAACUCUACUCGGACUGGCUGACCGUGGGCCAUGUGGAUGAGUUCAUGACCUUUGUCCCCAUCCCCGGCACAAAGAAAUUCCUGCUGCUCAUGGCCAGCACUGCGGCCUGCUACAAGCUCUUCCGAGAGAAGCAGAAGGAUGGCCAUGGAGAGGCCAUCAUGUUCAAAGGCUUGGGUGGGAUGAGCAGCAAGCGAAUCACCAUCAACAAGAUCCUGUCCAACGAGAGCCUUGUGCAGGAGAACCUGUACUUCCAGCGCUGCCUGGACUGGAACCGUGACAUCCUCAAGAAGGAGCUGGGACUGACAGAACAGGACAUCAUUGACCUGCCCGCUCUGUUCAAAAUGGACGAGGACCACCGUGCCAGAGCCUUCUUCCCAAACAUGGUGAACAUGAUCGUGCUGGACAAGGACCUAGGCAUCCCCAAGCCGUUCGGGCCGCAGGUUGAGGAGGAGUGCUGCCUGGAGGUGCACGUGCGCGGCCUCCUGGAGCCCCUGGGCCUCGAGUGCACCUUCAUUGACGACAUUUCUGCCUACCACAAGUUCCUGGGGGAAGUCCACUGCGGCACCAACGUCCGCAGGAAGCCCUUCACCUUCAAGUGGUGGCACAUGGUGCCCUGACCUGCUGGGAUCCCUGGUGUUUGCCUCCUUCCCUGAGUUCUCCAGACCCCUCACGCACCCAGAGCCUUCUGCUGCCAUAGACUGGACAGCCCCGCUGGGAGACCUUUGGGAUGUGGAGUGGGAUUUGGGGUAUCUGUGCCUUGCCCUUCCUGAGAAGGGCCUCAGUGUCAUCUGAAGCCAUCCCCAGUGAGCCUCGACUCUGUCCCUGCUGAAAAUAGCUGGGCCAGUGUCUCUAGAGCCCCGACAUAGGAACAAAACAAAACACAGCAAACCAUAUGCCCAAACCGUUCCCCAAAGAAGUUUUAGUCUCCAGUCCAACACCACUGAAUGAGGGGAGAAGGGAAGGAGAUUCUGGGAUUGCCAGUUCUUCCAGCAGCCAUACUCUGAAAAUCAAGGUAGAACCCAGGGAAAGGGACCCCAGCAUCCCAGACGUAUCUUGAACUGCAGUCGUCAUUUGAAAUCCACCUCCCUCAGGGCUUCCAGGUGGCCACCCCCAAUUAUUCAUUCCUUACCAACCUCUCAAAUCCUCUUGGCUUCCUCUCUGCAGUGUGGACACUUUUGGCUAGCCCUCCCCACUCCCUGAGGGUCCAGUAAGUUAGUUUAGAACCUUCCUGGAAACAUUUCACCUGAGCAGGCUUCCCCACACGUGGGAUGCUCCUUUUGCCUUGUCUGUCUCAUGGAUGCAGGCUCCCCUAGAUGUAUGGGGUUGCUUCCCGGACCAGCAUACUUGUGGCAUGAGAGUUCAACAUGUAAAGAUGCCCCUGGUCAGCCACAUCCAUCUUCUCUUGCCCGGCCCUUGAAUCUCUGGCCAGUCCCUGACGUUCUUCCUCUCACUGCCUCGGCUUUCUUCCUUUUUAUUCCUGAUGCCAUCUGUCCAGGCAGCUAUGCAAGAACUUGUUCACCAGCAACCAGAUUCACGCCUUCCCCAGGGUAUCAUAAGUGACAUCAGAUCCAAUAUGUAAGGACGCUGGUCUACCCUCCAGCCCAACAGCCAUUUCUGGGUCAGCUGCCAGAUUAGGGAUGGUUUGAUUAUCUUAUUGAAAUUCACCAGUGCAUUUGCCAAAGACCCUCUCAUUUGGACAUACCCAGAUUCAUUCCCUGGCUUCAACUGAAAGACUCGGUUUCAAUCUUUAAAAGUACCUUUAGGGCCAGAAGAAUCAAUGAAUUAUAAUCCCGUGUGAAGAACCAAUUUACAACCAAUGAACAGGUUAUAAUGUAAUUUACAUUCUUGGAGGAACAAGAUUUUCAUUAGGGAUUAUUUCAUUCAACCACUCAACAAACAUUUGUUGUGUGCCCCUAAACAACAGGCAUGGUGUUGGGCUCUGCAAACACAGUGGUUAGUAGCAAUCUGGACCUGAUCCCUAUUGGCAUGGAACCCAUCAGUCCCUGACAUGCAAAGCCCGCAUUUAAAGGCCAGCCUCUGCCCCUUCAGUGAUGCUCUCUUUAGAAAUGCCAGUCCAGGAUGGGCGUGGCAGCUCACGCCUGUAAUCCAGCACUUUGGGAGGCUGAGGCGGGCAGAUCACGAGGUCAGGGGUUCAAGACCAGCCUGGCCAACAUGGUGAAACACUGUCUCUGCUAAAAAUACAAAAAUUAGCAGGGUGUGGUGGUGGGCGCCUGUAAUCCCAGCUACUUGGGAGGCUGAGGCAGGAGAAUCACUUUAACCUAGGAGGUGGAGGUUGCAGUGAACUGAUAUCGCACCACUGCACUCCAGCCUGCAACAGAAUGAGACUCCAUCUCAAAAAGAAAAAAAACAGAAAGAAAUGCCAGUUCACUAUAUUCAGAAAUCCACAGGGCACAAAACUUCCAGCAAGUCACUGUCUUGGUGAAAUGGGAGGUGGGGGAGUCUUCUUUAAACAGGCCCCCUUCCCAUCUAGCUGGGCAGUACCACCCAUCCAAUGAGUCCCCAGAGCCUCUAGAAGCUGUUGUCCCCUCUCUGGGGACAGACAGCAUCUCCUCCCUUUGGAGGCCAAAGCCCCAGAUCUCUCCAAUCCCAGAGCUGAAAACAUCAAGUGCCUUUUUGAGGGUGUCUAUCUGGAGACCUAGAGUUUGUCAUGUGUGUGUGUUUGGUUAAUGUGGGUUUAUGGGCUUUCUUUCAUUUUUUUUUUUUUCUAGUCUAUAUUAGAGGGAAGUGAGCACCUCCCAUGUGCAGACAGUGUGUCUUUAUAGAUUUUUCUAAGGCUUUCCCCAAUGAUGUCGGUAAUUUCUGAUGUUUCUGAAGCUCCCAGGACUCACACACCCAUUCCCAUCUCCCUUGCCCACCCAGUGUGACAGCCUUCCGUGUGGAUGUACCCCCGUGGACUCAUGGCUCUUCCCCACCCCACUUUCUAUAAAUGUAAGCCUAGAAUAUGCUUCUCUUGCAAAACUCAGCCAAGUUCCUGUUUCCAUCUUGAUGUUGAAAUAUCUUAUAUAAGAGGGCAGGGGAUGUUGUGAAGAUGGCAAGAAGAACAGUUUCAAAUUUCUGAAGAAGAGGCUGUGGUGGAGAUCUAAAGAUGUUUAGGGAAGAGCUCGACUAAAGAACAAUAAAAUAAAUGGUCCAAGGGGAAGUCA